AUGGCAUUGUCCCAGUUUGUUCCCCUCUCGGCCACAGAGCUUCUCCUGGCCUCUACCGUCUUCUGCCUGGUAUUCUGGGUGCUCAAGGGUUUGAGGUCUCGGGUCCCCAAAGGCCUGAAAAGUCCACCAGAGCCAUGGGGCCGGCCCCUGCUCGGGCACGUGCUGACCCUGGGGAAGAGCCCGCAACUGGCGCUGACGAGGAUGAGCCAGCGGUUUGGGGACGUGCUGCAGAUUCGCAUUGGCUCCAGGCCCGUGGUGGUGCUGAGUGGUCUGGACACCAUCCGGCAGGCCCUGGUGCGGCAGGGCGACGAUUUCAAGUGCGGGCCCGACCUCUACAGCUUCACCCUCAUCGCUGAUGGCCAGAGCAUGUCCUUCAGCCCAGACUCUGGACUGGUGUGGGCUGCCCACCGGCGCCUGGCCCAGAACGCCCUCAACACCUUCUCCAUCGCCUCUGACCCGGCCUCCUCAUCCUCCUCCUACCUGGAGGAGCAUGUGAGCCAGGAGGCUGAGGCCCUGAUCAGCAGGUUGCAGGAGCUGAUGGCAGGGCCUGGGCGCUUCGAGCCUUACAAUGAGAUAGUGGUGUCUGUAGUCAAAGCCAUCGGUGCCAUGUGCUUCGGGCAGCACUUCCCCGAGAGCAGCGAUGAGAUACUCAGCCUCGUGAAGAACAGUCAUGUGUUCGCGGAGAAUGCCACCUCUGAGAACCCUGUGGACUUCUUCCCCAUCCUUCACUACCUGCCCAACCCUGCCCUGCAGAGGUUCAAGGCCUUCAACCAGAGGUUCCUUUGGUUCCUGCAGAAAACAGUCCAGGAACACUAUCAGCACUUUGACAAGAACAGUGUCCAGGACAUCACGGGUGCCCUGUUCAAGCACAGAGAGAAGAGGUCUGGAGCCAGCGGCAACCUCAUCCCCCAGGAGAAGAUUGUCAACCUUGUCCAUGACAUCUUUGGAGCAGGGUUUGAUACAAUCACAACAGCCAUCUCCUGGAGCCUCAUGAACCUUGUGGCCAAGCCUGAAAUACAGAGGAAGAUCCAGAAGGAACUGGGUACGUGGGGGCCCCCAACCCUGUGGCCAGCACAAGCCUGGAGACCCAGGUUGCUUGUUCAGUCUACAAACACCUGUUAUUUGCCUGCUGUGUGCAGCCCUGGGCACACAGUAAUGCCUGCCCUUGCCUAGA